AUGAGGACCGUUCUUAUUUGGUUCGCGAUUGCCGGACUUUUGGUAGCUGGGUUUACCAAACCUGUUACUGUCGAAAAUGUGAAAGAAGAGGAUGACAUAGAGAAAGAAGAAAAAGAGGAAGGUGACGAAGAUAAGGAUGAAUUAGACGGCUCUAAUACUGAGGACAAUGUGGAAGAGAAAGAAGAGCAAGAGCAAGAGGAAGCGGAAGAGGAUGAGGGUGAGGAGGAGGAUGAGGAUGAGGAAGAAGGGGAGACAGAAAAAUCCGUUGAAGAAGGUGGCGAAGAUAAGGACAAUGUGGAAGAGAAAGAAGAGCAAGAGCAAGAGGAAGCGGAAGAGGAUGAGGGCGAGGAGGACGGAGAAGAUGGUGAUGAAGAAAUUGAAGAGAAAUUCGAUGAUGGUAGUGAUCAUGGGCCUAAAGGACCAAUUGAACAGAGGAACGCUGGAUUACCGGCGAAACGGGUAGCAGUUCUGUGA